AUGGAUCAGGAUGAAGCUGAAGAUGAACCACCUUUGGAGGGUGAUGGGGAUUUGUGUAUUUAUCAGAAGUUUGAUGGGAACAAUUUUGCCAUUCUUGUUCUCUAUGUUAAUGAUAUCUUCUUAGCCAGCAAAUCAAUGAAUUUCCUCAAUGAGAUAAAACACCUAUUGUCUUGCCAUUUUGAUAUGAAGGACAUGGGUAAAGCAUCCUUCAUUCUUAGGAUACAGAUUCAUCGUGAUAGAUCUCGUGGUAUUCUUGGUUUAUCACAGACCACUUAUAUUGAGCAGGUACUUAAGAGAUUCAGAAUGGAUUCAUGUUUUCCCUCACCUACUCUUAUUCAGAAAGGUCUGGAUCAUUGGAAGACUGCUAAGAAAGUUAUGAGGUAUCUUCAAGAUUCAGAUUUUGCCUCUUGUCUGGAUGAUCGUAAAUCCACGACCGGCUAUAUUUUCUUGUUGUCUGAAGGAGCUGUCUCUUGGAAAAGUGUGAAACAGACACUUACAGCAGUUUCAUCUAUGGAAGCUGAGUCUAUUGCUUGUUUUGACACUACACGUCACGCUAUAUGGUUGAGGAAGUUGAUAUCUAGCAUACGCCUAGUUGAGUCAAUAUCACGUCCUCUAACCAUUUACUAUGAUAACAAAUCUGCAAUGCUUGCAGAUCCGCUGACCAAGGGCUUACUUGUAGAAGUUUUUCAAAAUCAUGUAACUUAUAUGGACUCUGGGGACCUGUGGGUUGUGCACCUGUCUACACUUGAGGUAAUUGAGCCUUCUCAAGGGUUCAUGGAUUCUUCAGCUACAGUUUGUUUCCCAUAUUUGUCUCCAAAGAAUAUUCCAAUGAGAAAUAACUACUCAUGGAUUUUCUCGAUAUUGUUCUUCCACUUCAUAAACUUGAUCAGUUUCAAUAUCUUUCAAGUGACUGGUCAUUGCCUUAUCGGCCAUCAAGAAUCUGCCUUGCUUCAUUUGAAGAAUAGUCUCACUUUCAACCCUGCCAACUCCCAAAAAUUGGUUCAUUGGAACCAAAGUGACGAUUGUUGUCGAUGGAAUGGAGUAACAUGCAACAAGAAGGGAUUUGUUAUAGUUUUGGACCUGAGUGAAGAAUCUACCUCUGGGGGAGUUGAUAAUGCUAGCGGUCUCUUCAACUUACGGCAUCUACAAGACUUGAACUUGGCUUACAAUGACUUCCAUUCAUCGAUUCCUUUGGAGUUUCACAAAUUGAAGAACUUGAGGCAUCUAAAUUUGUCAAAUGCUGGCUUUGAGGGUCAGAUUCCGAUUGCAGUCUCUCAAUUAACAAAUCUAGUUUCUCUGGAUCUGUCAUCCAACAACUUCACAGGCGGUCUUCCAUAUUUCAACAUGUCCAAGAACCUCGAGUAUCUAUCUGUUUCUCUUAAUCACUUGACAGGUGAAAUUUUAUCAUCUCAUUUUGAAAGUCUUGACAAACUCAUCACCAUUGAUUUAGUGGGAAAUUCCUUUUACAGAAGAGUUCCUUCAUGUCUCUUUGCACUUCCAUCUCUGAAAGAACUUAUGCUUUCUCAUAAUAGAUUUGAGGGUGUAUUGGGUGAAUUCCCAAAUGCAUCAUUCUCCUCAUUAGAGAUCCUUGAUGUUAGUGGGAAUAAUCUAGAAGGGCCUAUUCCCUUGUCCAUCUUUCAAUUUAGAAGGCUUAGUUUUCUCCAACUUUCCUCAAAUAAGUUUAAUGGCACUAUGUAUUUGGAUGCUGUGAGAAAGAUGGAACAUUUGGUCACACUAGGCCUUAAUCACAACAACCUGUCAGUUGAUACAACUUUGAGGGAUAACUCUGAUGACUUGUUAACAUUUCCCAUGUUGAAUAUGCUCAUGUUAGCUUCUUGCAAGUUGAAAGAAUUCCCAAUCUUUCUAAGAAAUCAAUCCAAUUUAAUCUACCUUGACCUAUCUAGCAACCAGAUUCAAGGUAGUAUACCCAAUUGGAUUUGGAGGUUUGAUUUUAUGGUAUUCCUAAAUCUUUCAAACAAUUUUUUGACUGAUUUGGAAGGGCCUUUUCAAAAUAUUAGCACCAAUCUGUUUACAAUUGACCUUCAUUCCAACCAACUUCAAGGCCCCACUCCCAUUUUUUCAAAAAAUGUGAUGUUCUUGGAUUUCUCAAGCAAUAGAUUUAGCUAUUUAGCCCCAUUUGACAUUGAUAACAAACUUCAGUUUGCAUUUUUCCUCUCUCUUUCAAACAAUAGAUUUCAUGGCAAAAUUCCAGAAUCUUUUUGUACAAUUUCAAAUCUCCGAUUUCUUGAUCUUUCUGAUAAUAGCUUCAAUGAUACCAUUCCUGAGUGUUUGAUAAGAAUGAUCACUAGCACUCUUAAAGUAUUAAAUCUUGCAAGGAACAAACUCGAAGGGAAAAUUUUGGAUACAUUUUCAACUUCCUGUGCUUUAAGGUUCCUUGAUCUGAAUGAAAACUUCUUAGGAGGUGUUAUCCCAAAAUCUUUGGCCAAUUCAAAAUUACAAGUGUUGAACCUUGGAAGCAAUCAAUUAAUUGAUAGAUUUCCUUGCUUCUUAAAGAACAUAUCCACCUUAAAAGUCAUGAUUUUAAGAUCAAACAAUUUCUAUGGCCCACUUGCAUGCUCAUAUAGCACUGGAAAUUGGGGCACUCUUCAAAUUGUUGAUCUAGCCUCCAAUAAGUUUAGUGGUACCCUACCAAGAUCACUCUUGCAAAGUUGGAUAGCUCUCAUGCUCGAUGGUGAAGCUACUUCACAAUUUGGCCAUUUGUUUUUCGACAUCAAUGAUGGCAUUAACCCGUUGGGUUUUUGGAGUCAAUUGCACUUCCUUUUGAAAAAAGAUCUUGCACUAAAACUAGCCAAAAUACUGGAAGUAAUGCCACCUUUUGCGAUUGAUCACAUAUUUUAUGAUGUCUAUCUUGUUGAUUUUGGAGGUACGAGUUACCAAGAUUCAGUAACAAUUGUCAACAAAGGGAGACACGAAGUUGGUAAGAUUUUUUUUGACUUCACUUCUUUGGAUUUCUCAUCCAACCAUCUGGAAGGGCCAAUACCGAAAGAGCUUAUGAGUUUCAAAGCACUUCAUGCUCUUAAUUUGUCACUGAAUGCCUUUUCGGGCUAUAUCCCUUCAUCCAUAGGGAAUCUGAAGUAUCUUGAGUCUUUGGAUUUGUCAGCAAACUCUUUCAGUGGGAAUAUUCCAACAGAACUAGCAAGCUUAUCUUUCCUUGAAGUUCUAAACCUUUCCGUCAAUCACUUGACAGGACCAAUCCCAACUGGUACCCAAAUCCAGUCAUUUGAUGCAGAUUCAUUUGAAGGUAAUGAAGGACUAUGUGGACCUCCAUUGACACAUAAUUGCAAUUCUGGUGUAGGCCCAACAUUGUCACCGCCAUCAUCUGAAACAUCUAUGUUGAAUUCUAGAAGUUCUAUUGAUUGGAAUUUCUUAAGUGCUGAAUUGGGAUUUAUUUUUGGUCUUGGAAUUGUGAUCUUACCCCUCAGUUUUUGGAAGCAGUGGAGGCUAAAAUACUUCAAACAUGUGGACUCAAUCCUUUGGAAGAUCAUACCUCAGCUUGAUUUUGCAUAUGAAAACCAUGGGGGGAGAAUUUACAGAAGUUUAAGGUGGAAACCUUUCUAAACUCACUGAGAACAAAACCAGAGUGCAAUUUCUCUUAUUUGGUUUUCUUUUUUUUAGUUAGAGUAUGUGAUACUUAUCCUGAAGCAUAUAGGUGUAUUGUAUUGGUUAAAAGCAAAAUGUGACAAUGUAAUAAAUGCAUGGAUGUGACCUUCAAGGACAUUAUCUCA